AAAAACUGCAGCUUCUAAACUUUGUCUCAAAGUUCAUCGAACUUUGUAAUUUUUAUAUAAUUUUAUGAGUUUUACAUCGUUUUUUAUUAUUUGUUUAGCGGUUUUGGUUGCUAGAAUUUAUCUAUAUGUUUAAAUAUCAGUGAGUGUAGCAAACUUAAAGUGUGAAGUAACUUAAGUUAAACUACAGUACUAAGUUAAACUACAGUACUUGCUUUACGUAAAGGAAAUACACAUGUGUACAAAUACUGUCAAACGGGAAACAUCUCAGGUACACCGCAACCGUAAGGCCAACAAAAUAUUCCAAGGCAUGGCGUCCGCAGUACUUAUCCAGGCGUUCUUCGCCUUCCGAAGAUGCCUCGACAUGUUCGUUGACUUCAUAUUCGGACUGUAUUGGGAGAGCAAACGGCAGCCCAUCCCUGAUCUCCUGCCGCGGCACAGGAUGCUCACCGAGAGCGCUGUGACCUUGGCAACGAGGAUACGUAAUAAGGAGCUAACUUCGGAAGAACUGGUUCAAGCUUGCAUCGAAAGAAUUAAAUUGGUGAAUCCCAUUUUAAAUGCAGUCACGGACGAACGGUUUGAAGACGCGUUGAAAGAAGCCCGGGAUAUAGACAAGAAGAUCGCUGAGGGGUUGCCCAAAGAGUACUUCGACAAGAGGCCCUUCCUUGGUGUGCCGUUCACAACAAAGGAGAGCAACGCGAUAUCCGGAAUGCUGAACACGCUGGGGAUCCUGUCGCGGCGGCACACGCGGGCUGAAAACGACGCAGAGUCCGUGCGGCUGAUGCGUGCCGCCGGGGCCAUACCGGUCGCCGUCACCAACGUGCCCGAGAUCAACAAGUGGCAGGAGUGCCGGAACAUGCUGUUCGGCACGACAUGCAACCCGUACCACUCCGGCCGCACCACGGGCGGCUCCAGCGGCGGCGAGGGCGCCCUCUGUGCAGCCUUCGCCACGCCUAUCUCGCUCUGUUCCGACAUCGGCGGUUCAACACGCAUGCCCGCUUUCUUUUGUGGACUGUUCGCACUCAAUCCCACUGCUGGGCAUACCAGUCUGAAAGGCCUGGCGCUGCGGUCCGGGCUGGAGCCGUCGAUGGCGGCGGUGGGGUUCGUGAGCCGCCACUGCAGCGACCUGGCGCCGCUGACCGCCGUCGUGGCUGGUGAUCAAGCGCCACUUUUGAAUCUUCACGCGCACGUCGACCUUAACACAAUAAAUUACUAUUAUGUGGAAACGGCUGGAGAUCUACGAGUGAGUCCCAUAAGCUCUGAACUGCGACAGGCCAUGAACAAAGUGGUGGCUAAGCUGACGGAGCUAGCGCCAUCUACCGACAAAGCGCCGAAGCCAUACUACCACAAGGGGUUUAACUACAUGUUCGCGCUAUGGCGCUAUUGGAUGACAAAGGAAACGGACAAGUUCCCCAAAAUGCUGGCAAACAACCGCGGGGAGGUCAAGGGAUUGGUCGAGUUGCCCAAAAAGUUGCUGGGCAUGUCUCAGUUCACGAUGGCGGCCAUUUUGAAGUUGUUGGACGAGCAAGUGAUGCCCCAAGUGAACGCCGAGUGGGCCGAGCAGCUCACCAAGGAGUUCAGUGAUGACAUAAUAUCGCGGCUGGGCGAGCGCGGCGUGCUGCUGUUCCCGUCGGCGCCGGCGGCGGCGCCACACCACGCGACGCUGCUGCUGCGGCCUUUCAACUUCUCCUACUGGGGCGUCUUCAAUGUGCUGCGCCUGCCCGCCGCACAGGUACCCCUCGGCUUAAACAGCAAAGGUUUACCAAUCGGCAUACAAGUGGUGGCUGGACCCAGGCAGGACGCGUUAUGUCUCGCUGUCGCCAAGUUGUUAGAGCGGGAGUUCGGCGGAUACGUGCCGCCGUGCAAGAUCUUGGAAUAGUCGAAUAUAUCAGCAUUGUUAUAUUAUAUUAGGGCCUACGCACACGAACUUCAUAAUUUCCUAUUACAAUAUUACUACGAACACGUGUGCCUUUUCAAUAUGUUUGUUUUCAAGUUUGAAUAGUCCGAGAAGAAAGUUAAUUUGUUAUUAGGUGGAUAAUAUUACUUAGGGAAAUUUUUUAAAAUAAAGCCACGUAUAUUAAUACCUGUUCCUUCCUUACGGAGCCAUUUUUAAAUUAUUUUUUUUAUUGUAAUAUUCUAAUAGUUUUUUGUUUACAAUAAUAAUGUAAAGGAAUUAUCCAACCAGUCUGGAACAACAUCUCAGACGGUUGGCAUUCCGAGGCGGCUCACUCCCGGGAAAGAUGCAGAAAGCGGUGCUCUUAGAUUCUGCCCGCAUUGUACGCCGGUUUCUCUCCCUGGGACCCUGAACCCCGGCCGACUGUGCUUCUGCCGGGGGUUAGUUGCCAUCUCCUCAAGAGGGGAGAUAAGAAUUUUUGUAAAAUGUAAAAGAAUUAAAUCUAUGUUUCGGGUCGCAUCUAAUAUAGGGCACUAGUUUUUGCUCGUGACUGGAAAAAAAAACAUAAACAGGUUGGUAACAAUUAUAUUAGUAAACGUAUUCUGGCUAUACAGUUAAAACUAGUGUUAUGGGAGGUUUAAAGUAAAAUAUUGAGUAAGAUAAGGAGCUAUAAUAGAAAAAUGGUUUUAAUACUCGUUUAUAAAUCUGUAUGAUGCAAUUAAAGCCCUUAGAAUCUUUUUAAGAAUCUAUUCUACCAGUGAAACAAUAUUUUUCCUAAAUGGACCAGAGAGAAUUUUUGACCUGCCCACCUGAUGGAAAGUGGUAACCAUCGCCUAUAGACAUCAGCAGUACCAUGAACAUAACAGAGUAUACUGUUUCGCCCAUGAUACCCCCCAUGCGUUGCCAUUCCUGAGGACUCAGGUGUUAUUCCUCUGUACCCUGUAAAUUCACGCCAUAUCCCACCCUUCAAACCGAAACACAGCCAUGUAAACAUAACUGCUUUACGGUUGAAAUACGAAUGGGACAGAGGUACCCAAGCAAACGACUUGUACAUAGUCUCCCUCUGGUGAAUGAUAUAUAUGAUGAUGAGAACCUCCGACAAUGAUAUAGUGGGGCUAGCUUUCAAGUUAUUAUGGACUAGUGACCCGCCCCGGCUUCGCACAGAUGUAGAAAUAAUAUGAUGUCAGUGUGGACUGAUUAACAAUAGUACUAUUGUAUCCAUUUAAAUAACAUUCCAAACUUCAUAUAAUUUGUAUAUUUUUUUUAAACAUAAGGUACUGUAUAAUAUAGAAUGCCAUCGCUGUUUUUUUUUUUUUGUAGUCCUAACAAAGAGGAACAAUUCUAUCAUGCCAUUAUUUUGCAUGGGGGGUAUCAUGGGCGAAACAGUAUAGUCUGUUGUCCAUGGUACUGCUCAUGUCUAUAGGCGACGGUUACUACUUUCAACCAGGCGGAAAGCGACUGUUUUAUACCAUGAAGAGAAAACACUAAUAUAUUUUAUGUUUUCUACCGACGUGUUUUAGAAACAUUUUUUAGUUUCAUUCGUAUGGCACAAUACAAAUCGUGUAUGUAUAUAUAUAUAUACAAAAAAUCAGCUUCAGUGACUGUUUUUUUUUUGUGAGGAAGUAUUUGUAUAAAACCAACUAUUGACAUAGUCAAUAUAUUUUUUAAAUUGUUAUAUUGUGAAAAAUAUUUUUUUAAAGUAUAUUAUUAUAUGAAAAAUAAAUUGUUAUGAUGCAAAAUUUGGACAUUUUGCUACUUAAUUAUAGACUUCUAAUUCUCAUAUCGAACAUGUUAUUUCCAUUCCAAUAUGUUGUAAAAUUUGCGGGUUAACUAAAUAAGACUGUUUUAUCUUGUGUUGUUUAUAUGUUAAUGGCGUCGAUUCAGAGUUGCCAUUUUUCUAAAUUUGUGUCUUAACAUAAUAUUUUAAUUUGCAAAUUUCGCAAAAUUACUGUUUUAUGAACCUUUAUAAACUAAAGUUAAUAAUUUUAACUUACACCUAGUUAGUACUUAUAAUAAAGAUAUUGCUGUGAUAUCAAAUUUAAAGAUAGAUUUACAGAAAUGGCGCCUCAGAAUCGACCCUAAUGUUAUUAUUAUGUUAUUUGUUACGGUGGAGGAUAAAUAUAUCAGAUAAUUUGUUUAGUAACUCAAAUAAAGUUAUUUUUAUAGAAAUAA